AUGAAGGCAGCGAAGCGUCCCAUCGAAAGAGGUAUAGAACUUAUCGGAAAUCGAACCACGGCACCAGCGCGGCAUAUGGGCACUCUGCCGCUGCGCCACAGGCGAGCUCGGGGCGGGAUCCAAACACGGAACAUCAGCGCAGCAGACGGACGCUCUGCCCCUGACCCACAGCCGGGACCGCAGCAGGAUCCGAACCUGAGAUCGUCAGGUGGCGAACCGGUGUUCUGCCACAGAGCUGCUAGUGCAGUGUGGAUCAGCGGCAGGAACUGA